CGGCGUGGAGGUUUAUCAGCUUUGCGAUGACUACCGCGAUGUAGUCAAGGAGGGCCAACAAGAUUUCAAGAGACUGGGAGACGGGAUCAGGGGUAUUGACCAACAACUGAAGGAAAUACAAAGCCUUGCUGCACAGGGCGAUGAGAACAACAACCCACAAUACCCUAGGCUCCUUGAAUGGACAAAAAAUGAAAGCUUAGAAAGUUAUACCAGGACCUUGGAGGAGCUGAAGGAAGGGUUAGAUGUCCUAGAAGGGAGGAAAUCCUCGGGAAAGUUGGUUGGGCCUUUUCAUGAGCCCAAGGUGGAGCGUUACCUGGGCUUGAUCGAAGAGCAGAGAUUAAAACUUCAGCUCUUGUUACGCCCAGCUAAAACGUAGGUUAUCCAUUCUGUACCCUGAGAAUCCAGCCUCUCCACCGCCCCAUUUUUUUUUCGGUCGCAAGGCUAACCAGUUGCUCAGGGAGACGGUGGCAAAGGUAUCGCGAAAAAUAGAUGGUACUUGAUUAAAAUAUUCCUAACCCUGUUGGUUGAUUUAAUUGCUAAUAUCACAUAUUUCUAAAACCCAGAGGAGGAAUGGGGGGGAAUGUUGCGCUGGCUUAAAGUUGUCGAUCCUAGCGCCGAUUUUUCAUCUGCACUAGCUGUUCGUGAACCUGGUACGGGGAGUUGGUUUCUCAAGGGACAUGAGUAUAUCGAUUGGAAGGAAGGCAGAGGGAGUGUUCUCUGGCUCCAUGGAAUGCGUAAGUCUGCCUACGAGUGAAACCUUAUACUCUGAAGAAUGUCAUUAAAAUUUGUGCCUUACAGCCGGAUGUGGCAAAAGUGUUCUAAGGUGCGAGCUCAACCGGGUAUCCGGGGUUGUGAUAUUGUUUCCUGAUUGCUAACCCUCUCUUUAGCGCUACUGCUAUUGAAGAUGUCAGACAUCUGUGCAACACGAACGACGAUCACGCAUUGGCCUAUUUCUACUUUACCUUCAGCGACUCGGAAAAGCAGAAUUUGCUCAAUCUGCUUCUAUCCAUCAUUGGCCAGCUACUGGAAGGGAUUUCGGGUCCGGGUUUGCCCGAUGUGGUUGAGGAUCUAUAUUACGGCUCCCGAGUAAAUAGAAAG